CUGUGCAACGCGGCCACUCCGUUCACACUCGGUUCGCUUAUGCCACUCCGGGCAAAGGGUGGCCUCGCCUGCUCAAGCCUUGGCAUUCCCCUGUGGCCAUUGGUCGCGCUGGCCAGUUUGGUGUCUAGCGUCUCCUGCCAGCAGGAGCAGCAUUCUGGAGGCCGACCGCGCAAGUUCAUCAGCUAUUAUGGCCACCGGGAGGUGCAAGAGGGAGAAAAUUUCAUCAUCUACUGCUUUGCCGAUCCGAAAGCCAAGAUCUCGUGGACCAAGGACGGUUCACCGUUGCGCCACUGGUCCGCCUGGCAGGGAUACUCCGUGUCGGAAUACAACGCCCAGGACUUCAAGGUAUCCAGGCUGGAGGUGCAGGCUGCCGACGCGGACUUCUCGGGCGGCUACAGCUGCUCGAGCGAGUCGCUUGCCAAACACUUCGUCCAGGUCACGGCCCUGCAGGACUCGACUGGAGCGCAAGCGCCCUGUCACGUUCUUGUGAGUCGCCGCCGUUAAGAGAGGCAGACCGGACGUAUAUAAUAAUGGAGGAGUAGCGUGUACCAAAGGUCGAUUAAAAC